UUUUGACUGAGAAGACACCUGAACUUUCUGAAGACUCUUCUAGGAAGGCAGAGGUCAGCUUCUCUCUGCUGACUUUGAACUGCAGCGAGACCACCAGAGCACCACCAUUGUCCAGGUCAUCAUGGGAGUCAUGACUGUGUCUGUUCUUCUCUGUGUCCUCACCUUCCUGGGGACCGAGGUGACUGGGACUUCUCGACCAUGGUAUCACAGAUUAUCCCGACAAGUGGAGAGAUUUGCAAGAAGAUCUGAACCAUUGUCAGAUCCGUACCAGUGUCCACCUGGGUUUUCUCGACCCAGCCGUUACUGGAGCACUUGCUACCAUUUCGACAACAGUUUGAAAUCAUGGUCGGCGGCAAAUAAUGCAUGCCGUCAAAGAGGUGGAUCCCUUGCUUCUAUCACAGACAGUAACGUGUACGAGUAUGCUCUUUCCCUGGUAGAAGAUGGAUACACCUGGGUUGAGGGGAGCCAUGAGCAGUCUGGAAUUCAGCAGAAGUACUGGUUGACAGGCUCUGUGCGUAACCAGAAUGGAAAGCAUGAGGGCUGCUUGGCAUUGGUGAAAUUUGAUGAUAGAACAGGUUUUGAUGAUAUCAGCUGUUCCAGUCAGGACAACACCGCCUUCACCCUCUGCGAGAUAUAAACGUCUUAUUUCGUAGUGUAAGGCCAAACAGAGAGUGGAUUUUGCCAAUACUCUCUGAUGAUCUUUUUCUCCUAUCGCACCACAUUGUUCUGAAUUGACUUUGUCUAAUACUUAGAGACAAUAUCAUGAAAAGUGAUGUAAUGGCUACAGAAUCAUACAUAAUGAUACAUUGAUUCAAUUGUAUUUUAGGUGGCCUUUUUUCUAUUGAAAGUAAUAGUCUGGUUUUGCAAUGGAAUUGUCACUAUAGUAUUUUUGAAGCUAUCUUUAAGAUACAGUACCAAACAUGUAGGUAAUGACAAAAAAUGUUUGAUUCCCUUACAUUCCCAUACAGUUAUUCUCAAUACUUACUCUAAAAGGGGAAAUAGGCUAUAUCCAUUAUAUCUGGAAUAUCUAUUGAAUUGGUGGAAUUGUUAUGUCAUGUACAUCCCUCAGUGCUUCCUUGCAUAUCUUUUUGAAUAAAAACAUUCAGCAUCA